CACCGGCAGCAGCAGCAAGCAAAGCCACGCUAGUUGUAGUAUACUAGGCUACUAUAGCAAGCACCCGCCGUGCGGUUGGAUUUUUUUUUCUCCUCCUCCGCUUUUGCCUUUUCCGGGUGGUGGACUGGUGGUGGCGGACUUGACGGCUCCCCACUGGCUGCCUCCCUGCCGUGCCGCCUGCCUCUGCGCAUCUGGCUGGCUAUCUUACCUCCCUUUUCUGCGCCGCGUCCUCCUCUCUCUCCUUUCCCCUAGGGCUCUAGCUCCACCGCCUCUCGGCCACCGCCGCUCCCCGCCGCCGCCGCCGACGACGCGCGAGGGAGUGUGGUGAGGACUGAUGAACUUCUAAACAUUGGGUAUGGAUGGAUGUGACUGCAUCGAGCCACUAUGGCCAACUGAUGAGCUCCUCAUCAAGUAUCAGUACAUCUCGGACUUCUUCAUAGCCCUCGCAUAUUUCUCGAUCCCGUUGGAACUAAUUUAUUUCGUGAAGAAGUCAUCCUUCUUCCCAUACAGAUGGGUUUUGAUCCAGUUUGGUGCAUUUAUAGUCCUAUGUGGAGCGACUCAUCUCAUAAACCUGUGGACUUUCACCACACACACAAAGACUGUUGCUAUGGUCAUGACAGUCGCAAAGGUUUCAACGGCUGUUGUGUCCUGUGCGACAGCUUUGAUGCUUGUACAUAUUAUCCCUGACUUGCUGAGCGUGAAAACAAGGGAAUUGUUUCUGAAGAAUAAAGCUGAACAGCUUGAUAGGGAGAUGGGCUUGAUUAGGACACAGGAAGAGACUGGGAGGCAUGUUAGGAUGCUUACCCAUGAAAUCAGAAGCACUCUUGAUAGACAUACGAUUUUGAAGACUACACUUGUUGAGCUAGGAGGGACCUUGGGCCUGGAAGAAUGUGCCCUAUGGAUGCCAUCAAGAAGCGGUUCAAGUCUUCAGCUUUCUCAUACUCUCCGCCACCAGAUUACUGUUGGGUCAACUGUAUCAAUUAAUCUUCCUGUUGUCAAUCAAGUGUUCAGUAGCAACAGAGCAAUUAUAAUACCCCACACAUCUCCUUUGGCACGGAUCCGACCUCUUGCAGGGAGAUAUGUUCCACCAGAAGUGGCUGCAGUGCGAGUUCCUCUUCUACAUCUUUCAAACUUUCAAAUAAAUGAUUGGCCAGAGCUUUCAGCAAAGAGCUAUGCAAUCAUGGUUCUGAUGCUUCCAUCUGAUAGCGCAAGAAAAUGGCAUGUGCAUGAGUUGGAGCUUGUUGAGGUCGUGGCUGAUCAGGUUGCAGUUGCACUUUCUCAUGCAGCUAUUCUUGAAGAGUCCAUGCGUGCGCGUGAUCUGCUAAUGGAGCAAAAUGUUGCUCUGGAUUUAGCUCGACGUGAGGCUGAAAUGGCUAUCCGUGCUCGUAAUGAUUUCCUGGCUGUUAUGAAUCAUGAAAUGAGAACACCAAUGAAUGCAAUAAUAGCCCUUUCGUCCUUACUUUUGGAAACCGAACUUACUCCUGAGCAGCGCUUGAUGGUGGAAACAGUCUUGAAAAGCAGCAAUCUUUUAGCAACACUCAUCAAUGAUGUGUUAGAUCUUUCCAAACUUGAGGAUGGUAGCCUUGAAUUGGAGAUUAAAGCAUUCAAUCUUCAUGCUGUUUUCAAGGAGGUAAUGAGUUUCAUCAAGCCAAUCGCAGCCAUCAAGAGACUGUCUGUGUCAGUUAUGUUGGCACCAGACUUGCCAUUAUGUGCCAUCGGUGAUGAAAAGAGGCUAAUGCAAACUAUUUUGAAUAUCUCUGGCAAUGCUGUUAAGUUUACAAAGGAGGGCCACAUCACACUUGUAGCUUCUGUUGUGAAGGCUGACUCUUUAAGAGAAUUCAGAACCCCAGAUUUUCACCCAACUGCAAGCGAUGACAAUUUUUAUUUGAAAGUUCAGAUUAAAGAUACGGGCUGUGGCAUUAGCCCUCAGGAUCUACCUCAAGUAUUUACAAAGUUUGCUCAAUCUCAGCCUGGAGGAAACAGAGGAUACAGUGGUAGUGGUCUUGGCCUUGCCAUUUGCAAGAGGUUUGUUACUUUGAUGGGAGGGCACAUCUGGUUGGAUAGCGAAGGAACAGGAAGAGGCUGCACAGUAACGUUUGUCAUCCAGCUUGGCAUAUGCGAUAAUACGAAUGCAUAUCAGCAGAAGCUGAUUCCUCUAGUCUGGCCAAGCAGUGGGGAUGCUGAUUUUGUUGGUCCGGUGCCAAAUGCUCCUAAUGAAGAGAAAGGUCAGGCUUCUCUGAAAUCUCGGUAUCAGAGAAGUAUAUGAGCUACUGUAAAUUGAUCGACGGCAUUGUAUCAAGUAGGGCCUGGUUAGUUUGUCUCUAAUUUUGUGCCUAGCCUUGUGAUAGCUGGAAUAUAUUUGUACAAAUAAUGUACAGCAGAUGGGACUGCAUAAUGCAGCUAUGCACCUGGGUACAACUCUAACUUGCGUAGUGUCCUGUCAGCGAAAUGUGUAUUCUGGGCUGUUCGUGUGACCUUCUGAUA